AAGAUUAUUGAUUCAUCAGGAUUAUUACUGUUGUACACUAUUUACGUUUAGUCUUUUUUUUUUUCUUUUAUUAUAAUUAUUGUUAUUGUUUUCUUUUAAAAUAAAAUAAAAUAAUAAUGACACUUAUUAUCACUGAAACCUUGACUGCUGAGAAACUUGGUAAAGUAUUUGAUCAUGCCAUACUCCGACCUGAUCAAACAACAGAGGACGUCGUUAAAGGAUGUGAGAUCGCUAAAGAAUAUGACUUGGCUUCUGUCUGUGUCAAACCCUGUGAUGUGAAACAAGCUAGUGAAUUACUUCAAGGCACAAAUGUAAUGGUUGGUACUGUCAUUUCCUUUCCACAUGGUAACUCAACUACGGAAGCUAAGAUAGCUGAAUCUUUACAAGCCAUUGAAGAUGGUGCAUUGGAAUUGGAUGUCGUCAUUAACAUUGGUCAUCUUAAAUCACGUCUUUAUGAUCAAGUUGGUCAAGAAUUGAAGGAUAUUGUCAAGAUGGCCAAAACAAAAUUGCCUAAUGUCAUCAUCAAGGUCAUUUUUGAAAAUGCUUAUUUGACAAAAGAGGAAAUUGUCAAGGCUUGUGAAUUGACUUGUGCUUCAGGGGCUGAAUUUGUCAAGACUUCAACUGGUUUUGCAUCAAGCGGAGCUACUUAUGAAGAUAUCAAACUGAUGAGAGACAGUGUUCCUGCUUCAAUGGAGGUAAAGGCUUCAGGAGGUAUUAAAACAUUAGAACAAGUUUUGAAAUACCUUGAAUUGGGCGCUACUCGUAUUGGCUCAUCUUCAUCAGAUAAAAUUAUAGAAGAAUUUAAAAAAUUACAACAGUAAUCAUUGUCUUUUAAUAAAUAUAUAAAUAAAAAAA